AUGAAGCCUAGAGAGUACUGCUGCUGCGCAAUCCCCGUAGUUUACACGGGCAUUUAUUUUGCGAUACUGGAACAAUUUGCAGCUGGAAUUAUAACUGCGACUCUGGCAGUUGCCACACCACAAAUUGUGGGAGCGGCAGUGCCCUCCUUCGCAAAAUGGAUUUUCGCCAUCAUUUGCUACGUAGGUGCAGCGCUUCAGUUCGUAGGUCUCUUUGCAGUUCGUGGGGAGAGGCCGUCUUUAUUCAGAAUAUAUGUAACGUUGCAUACGUUGAUCACGCUAGCCGCGUUUGCGGUAGCAGCCGUCUGGAUCAUCAUAUCGGCCACUCGACACACCACGGCGGAGACCAACUGCAGGACUACGUAUUACUCCGGUACCAACACCACAAUUCUGACUGAUGAGGCGAACACACUCUGUGAUAUCUUCCCUUGGGUUGACAUCGGACUCAUGGCUGGUCUGUGGGCUCUGAUGGCGAUCAUGCAGCUGUACCUUUUCUUCGUCCUCUCGUCAUAUGCGACUGGUAUCCGGCGCGAUCAUGCCAAGUACGAUUCGCUGUACGAUCCGACAGCACCUCUUGCGAGCGACAUCCCUCUCCGCACGCGCGGCGACCCCUGGGACGCGCAUGGCUCCCCAGACUCAUUCGCGAACCCACGCGGAUACCAUGACAGGUCAGAAAGUGUUGCCAGUGUUUCAACUGUAAUAGGUGAUCGAAUGCAGCAAAAUCGGGACUACAAUGAUUAUGAUCAAACGCCGUAUGAUCCUAUCCAGCCAGAGAAUGACCACGCAGAAAUGAGGCAGCCAUAUCACGAUUAA